CUGAGCCCCACCAUGGGCGGCUUGUACUCUGAGUACCUCAAUUCCAACAAGGUGUUGGAACACUACAAUUAUACCAAGGAGACACUGGACACGCAGGAGACGCCCUCCCGCCAGGUGGCCUCGGCCUUCAUCAUCGUCCUCUGCUGUGCCAUCGUGAUCGAGAACCUGCUGGUGCUCAUCGCGGUGGCGAGGAACAGCAAGUUCCACUCGGCCAUGUACCUGUUCCUAGGCAACCUGGCCGCCUCGGAUCUGCUGGCGGGCAUGGCCUUUGUCGCCAAUACCUUGCUCUCUGGCCCUGUCACGUUGCAUUUGACACCUUUACAGUGGUUUGCCCGCGAGGGCUCCGCCUUCAUCACCCUCUCAGCGUCUGUCUUCAGCCUCCUGGCCAUCGCCAUCGAGCGGCACGUGGCCAUUGCCAAGGUCAAACUGUAUGGCAGCGAUAAGAGCUGUCGCAUGCUUCUGCUUAUCGGAGCCUCAUGGCUCAUCUCGCUGGUCCUGGGGGGACUGCCCAUCCUUGGCUGGAACUGCCUGGGCCACCUGGAGGCCUGUUCCACCGUCCUGCCCCUCUACGCCAAGCACUACGUGCUGUGUGUGGUGACCAUCUUUUCUGUCAUCUUACUAGCCAUUGUCGCUCUGUACAUCCGAAUCUACUGUGUGGUCCGCUCAAGCCAUGCCGACCUGGCUGGCCCGCAGACGCUGGCCCUGCUCAAGACGGUCACCAUCGUGCUGGGCGUCUUCAUCGCCUGCUGGCUUCCUGCUUUCAGCGUUCUCCUCUUAGACUACGCCUGUCCCGUGCGGUCCUGCCCCGUCCUCUACAAAGCCCAUUACUUUUUUGCCUUCGCGACUCUCAACUCGCUGCUCAACCCUGUCAUCUACACGUGGCGCAGUCGGGACCUUCGGAGGGAAGUGCUGCGACCCCUGCAGUGCUGGCGACGUGGGGCCGGGGGACCAGGACAGCGGGAUGGGACACCAGGACACCGGCUCCUGCCCCUUCGCAGUUCCAGCUCGCUGGAGAGAGGCACUCACAUGCCCACGUCCCCCACGUUUCUGGAGGGCAACACAGUGGUCUAAAGGAGGAUAGACCUAUAACCAGGCCACCAAGAGCUGCGUGGAGGGGAGGCACUGGGUGACCUCUGACAGAGACGAGGGGCCACCAAGCAACAAGAUGUCCCCACCCCCACAGACCUGUGUGGAACUGAAAAUAGUUCCC